AUGGGUGUCCCAGAAGGCUCCCAGGAGGCUGUUGAAACGCCAGACCCCGCGGAUAGAGGUUUUGCCACCUUGAAUACCCUGAGUAUCGGAGUAAAGGUGUUUGUCGACAAAGAUGGAGAGCAGCGAAAGGCCGAGAUUCUUUCAAUAAAGCAGAAGAAAGGAGGGCCGACCUUCUAUGUCCAUUAUGUGGACUUCAACAAGCGUCUUGAUGAAUGGAUUGUUGCAUCGCGAAUCGAUCUUACAAAGGAAGUUGAAUGGCCCCAGCCGGAGAAACCUGAAAAGAAGAAAAUAUCAGGGGCGGCUGCGGCUGCGGCUGCUACCAAGGCGCAACCAAAGAAUCUCAAGCGGGGACAGCAUGCAAGCAGAGAUGCUUCAUCGACUCCAGAUCUACUGUCUGGCAAGAGCCAGAACAUUUCAAAAGCUCCAAGGCCUUCAAAAGCUGGAGGCAAAGAAAAUCAGGAAGAUGAAAGUAGUACACCAUUCGAAAUAUCCAUGCUUGGCAGCGAGGGGCCAUCCGUGAGUGGCACACCUCGAGUUCGUGACGGAGAGUCAGAAGAUGUUGAGAUGGCCGAUAUCCAAUCCGAGGUCGAGGCGAAGGCUGUUCUCAAGGAAGAACAAGAUAAGCUCGCUGCUGACACAACCAGGGAAGUCGAAAUUGAAAAGUUAAGAACAGGAGGGAGCAUGACUCAAAAUCUUACUGAAAUCCAUCGUGUACGGAACUUAAGUAAGAUCCAAAUGGGUAAAUUCGAGAUUGAGCCGUGGUACUUCUCUCCUUAUCCUAUGUCCUUUAGUGAUGCCGAUAUGAUCUACAUCGACGAAUUCUGCCUCAGCUACUUUGAUAACGAACGUGCGUUCCGCAGACAUCGGAGCAAGUGUACCUUACUACAUCCACCAGGAAACGAGAUAUACCGGGAUGACCAUGUUUCAUUUUUUGAAGUUGAUGGCAGACGACAAAGGACAUGGUGCAGAAACCUCUGUCUACUCAGCAAGCUGUUUUUAGACCACAAGACGUUAUACUACGAUGUCGAUCCAUUCCUAUUCUACUGUAUGACUACACGGGAUGCCAACGGAUGCCAUCUUGUCGGAUAUUUCUCUAAGGAAAAGGAGUCUGCCGAAGGAUAUAACGUUGCGUGUAUCCUGACUUUGCCUCAGUACCAACGUCGUGGGUUUGGUCGACUGCUUAUCGCCUUCAGCUAUGAGCUUAGCAAGCGGGAAGGGAAGCUAGGCUCUCCUGAAAAGCCUCUUAGUGACCUAGGUUUACUGAGCUAUCGCCAGUAUUGGAGGGAAACGCUUGUUGAACUUCUUGUUGAGCCAGGCCGAGACGCAAUUAGCGAGAGCGAGUUAGCUACGUUAAGUGCGAUGACUGAAAAGGAUGUUCAUGAGACAUUGGUGGUGCUAGGACUGCUACGGUAUAAUAAAGGAAACUGGGUCUUGGUGUUAACAGAUAGCGUGAUGGAGCAACAUAAGAAGCGUCUCGAAAAAGAGAAAGUCAAGGGCGCUAGGAAUAUUGACCCUACACGUCUCCAGUGGAAGCCACCGGUCUUCAAUGCCUCCAGUAGAACAUGGAACUGGUAA